AUAGAUAAUACAUAAUACUGAUCCAAAGAGUGCUUUUAAAUAUAAGGAUUUUCUUAAAUUCGUAAUUUAAAGUUGUUUGUAUGUAUUGUUUUCUAUAAAUUUUCUUGAGGAAUGACGGUAUUGUGUUGUGGUCUUCCAUCAACCUAAAAAGCACUUAGUGGAAAAGAAAUUAGAUUUCCUCGUUGCAGACUCUGAAACAGAAAUAACUAAACAUGUUUUUGGAGGACUUUUUAACACCAAAUAUUAUCCAUACAUUCCAGAAAAUUAUUGCAUGAAACAUGCAUCUAAUUUAUUUAAAUAUGAAAAUGAAGAACUUCCUAAAAUAGGUGAUAAAUUUGAUUCACUUGACAGUUUUCGAUUAUAUAUUGAUGGCAAAGCAAAAGAAUGGAAAUAUUACCUCAAGUGUGCAGAUUCCCAUAGAAAGAAUGGAAAGGAUACAUUUGUGUACAAGUGUGUUUUUGCUAGGCCAAGAAGUGCUGUCACCAAAGCAAAAGGGUUGAGGAAAAGAACUCGCAGAGUACCCAUUCAUGACUGUCCUUGCCGGGUCUUGUUAAAACCGGUGCCUAGUGGUGCAAAAGAUCUCACAGUAGUUUAUGUCUGUAACCAUCAUGACCAUCCUUUAAUUGAUGAUUAUUUUCACAAGCUUCAACAUGGAAGAAGAUUGCAUCCAAAUGUGAAGGAAGAGAUAAUGGACCUUUUAUCAUUAGAUGUAGAUAAAGAAGUGGCCCAAAAAUAUUUUGAAUUACUCACAGGUUACACCAUGAGUUAUGGAUAUUUUGCUAAUAUGCUUAUGUACAUGAAGAAAAAUAAAAUAGAAAGGCAAUUUUCACUUGAAAAAUUAAAGGAAAUGUCAAAGAAAAUAGAUAAAAUAAAAGAGGAACUCGGAAUAACGGAUCAAAAUGAGAACAAAGGUUAUCCCAAUAACAAUUUGAAUCUAUCUUAUUUUGUGCCACAAGAUAUGAGGGAUACUCUUUCGGAAAAUGUUGACAAUAAAAGCAGAUUAGUAACACGUUUGCAACAACUGCAUCAUGAUGAGGAAACUUUACAAAAUAUAAAACACAUACAGGACUCUAUUAGAAAUGAAUAUGCUGAUAAAAAUGUUGAAACAAGCAAAAGGAAUACAUGUCAUAAAUCAAAGCGCCGGAAAAACACUCAAAGAGAAGUUAAUUCUUAUAUAGAAUCAUCUCAUCAACAGAUAGAAGAAACUUUUGUUGAAAUAAUGGGAGCUUCCAAAGGGUUUGAAGCUCCUCAAUCCAACAAAGAUAUUAGCUAUGAGUGUGAGAUAGCAGUAGGUGAAAAUAAUGCAGAAAAUGAGCCUGAAUAUACAUUUUAUGAAAGUAAUGUACUUACUACGGAUUUGAAAAGUGUUGGGACUGGCGUUAAUGUGCAAUAUUGUAUUCAAAGCGAAGAUAACAGGAACUCUAAUGAACCAGUCGAAUCAUGUAUUGUACUAGAGGAUCUUGAAAAUGUACCACUACGAAUUCAAGCAACAGAACUAGCAACAAUUAAUGUUUUGCCCGACGAUAGUACAGUUACAGGAGGUAUCGCUUCAAACAGUCAAAUAGUUAGAAACCAAGAAGCUGAACCUCCAAUUAAACAUGAAAUUAAUAAUAUAAUAGAAGAAAUUGAACAACCUUCAUUACCAGAAGAUUUAAAUUUAAGAAAUAAUGAAUACUAUGAAAUUAUUGAAACUAACAAUAAAAAAAUAUUACCGAAUCGUGAUUUUGUUCAUAGUAAUAUAUUAAAUAAACCAAAAGUGAAUAAGAUCUACAAACACCAGCACGAAAAAACAAUAAGAAUGUCUAAAUUACGAUACGAUAAAAAGACAAUUUAUGAAAAUAAUGUUAAUGCCAAAAUUUAUAAACAUCACUUUCGAAAAAAAAGAAGACCUAAAAAGAGAAAUGAACAAUUCCAUUCUGAUGAAUGGUAUUCAUCGCACUCUUCAGAAGAGAUGGUUAAAAAGGGAGAUCCUGUUGACCCUUUAUUACAGUAUGGUGUUGUUUUAAAUGAAUUGAAAGAUGAUGAAUACUAUCUUAUUGUAGUUGACAAUUUCAAAGAAAAAUGUGAAAGCAGUGCUGAUGAGGGAACCGGAAUACCGAAACUUUUAGAUCAUCAUAUUACGACUGAUGAUGAUUCUCGGGAUAGUAAAUUGGAAGAAUCUAUAGAAAAAUUAAGAUACCUAAAGCAAUCCCUAAAAUUAGAUGUCGAUGAGUUGAUUGCUGCGAAAAAGAAACUCUUGGAAGAAAUAGCUGAAGCGAAAGCUAUGAAAAAAGUGAUUGUAAGAUAGUUUUAUUGCUGUCUACAUUAAACAAUUCAUCUCACAAAAAGCUCAUCAUUUUCUUUAGAACACGCUCUUGACGCAACAUUAUGUUAUGAUAAUUGUUAUCCACAGCAGGAGCAGUGAGCUGUUGUUUAAUAAAAUUGAUAAUUUAGCAAGAAAAAUAUAAUAUUUAAUCAGAAAACAAAAACACUAGGUAUCACAGACAUCAAGCAAAGACAGAACAAUAAGUGACAAAGUCAGAAAUUUAAAUUAUAAAUACACUUAUCAAAAGAGGCUGGCAAAAGCUGUCGUCAACAUGAUCCCCACCCGUGGCGAAGCUAACGUAAUGAAAAGACGACGACUGCCUCAACAGCUCUGUGAAAAUGGAGUUAGUAUGAUGACCUUACUAUGAGAUGCGAUUUUAUACAUUGAAGCAGCUCUCCGAAGAGCAGUCUAUUUCAGUUCAAACUUGUUCAGAUGUUCGACACAAGUGAUGUGGCGCAGAAAAUGAAAAGCGAUUAUCACCUUUAUAUCACAUAAAUUCGCUUGCUGACGAUAAUCCAUUGGAGAUGAGCGGUGCGGUGACUCAUAUUCUGUAGAUGUAUCCAUGACCACAAGGCUUGACAACAGCAUGAGACCAUCCGAGACCUUGGGAAGUUUCAUAAAUCGGAGCUGUGACAGCAUGAUUAGGAAAACGUAAAUCACCAAUUUCAUCUCGAAAUUGACUAGUAUGUGGUUUUGGUAUUGGCGCCUAUAGAACAGUCGUUCCAUCAACUGUACUGGUUGCUUUUUUCAGCAUUCUCUUCUUCCUUAGUCGAUUCUUCGUUCACAUUAAAUGAUGAGAUGAAAUGGCUAAUUAACAAUUAAAAUAAGAGAAACAGGCAGUCAACCAAGGAUUUAUGUAAUUUGGAUUUCUGUGUUGAAGGGCAUAGUCGGCUGUGGAAACCGUGUGCAAACAGCAAGAAGAACGUGCCGCGCGUAUUGCUAACCGCUUACAUUUAAGUGAUCCCCGAUGAGAAAGCUUUUUGACUUUUAUUAGAUACUAAUGGUUAACUGUUUAUUUGCCGCCAAGACACCAUGCAUCACCUAACAACGUGUCAGUAGCCACAGGUUGCGUGAGUGUGCCAGUCUCGAUACCUUGAGACACUGGCAAAAAACAGUUGAAUCAAAAAAACCGAGAAUUAACAUGAAUAUACUGAAAAUAAACAAAAACAGAUAUAAUAAACAAUAACACGGUUCUUUCGUCGAACUUACAAACAUAUCAUCUAUAUCUAUACCGUGACUUCCUUUGUGGGUAAGUAGAAGGGAUUUAAGUGAAAAUAAAAUGAAUUAUCGUAUUUAAUAACUAUAUUAUAACUAACUAAUACAUAAAUCAGAAAACGGAACCUUGUAACUUGUUUAAAAUCAAAUAAAACAUUGAAAUU